UGACAAGCCGACGACCUCGCCAUCCAACAACCAGCCAAGAUGCCUUCUCAAACCGUCAAGACUUCGGUCCCCACCAAGCAGGACAUCGUUCCUGAGACUCUCCUCAAGAAGAGAAAGUCCCAGGAGAAGGAGCGCGAGGCCCGCACCGCUGACCUCCAGAAGAAGCGCGCCGCCAACAAGGAGAAGCGCCAGGUCAUCUUCAAGCGCGCCGAGUCCUACAUCAAGGAGUACCGUGAUGCAGAGCGCGAGAAGAUCCGCCUCCAGCGUGUCGCCAAGCAGGAGGGUUCUUUCUACGUCCCUGCCCAGGCCAAGCUUGCCUUCGUUGUCCGCAUCAAGGGUAUCAACAAGAUUGACCCCAAGAAGCGCAAGACCCUCCAGCUCCUCCGUCUUCUCCAGAUCAACAACGGUGUCUUCGUCCGUCUGACCAAGGCCACCAUUGAGAUGCUGAAGAUCGUCGAGCCCUUCGUCGCCUGGGGUUACCCCAACCUCAAGACUGUCCGUGAGCUCGUCUACAAGCGUGGUUACGGUAAGGUCAACAAGCAGCGCAUCGCUCUUUCCGACAACGCCAUCGUUGAGGAGAACCUCGGCCAGUACGGCAUCGUCUGCAUGGAGGAUCUCAUCCACGAGAUCUUCACUGUUGGCCCCAACUUCAAGCAGGCCUCCAACUUCCUCUGGCCCUUCAAGCUCUCCAACCCUCUCGGCGGCUUCCACAAGCGCAAGUUCAACCAUUUCAUCGAGGGUGGUGACCUUGGCAACCGCGAGGAGCAGAUCUCUGCCCUCGUUGCCCGCAUGAACUAAGCAUUUGCUUGACACAAAAACUGGUUGAUUCUUGGGUGGAGCAUGGCGCAAACGGAAAGGCAUUGUAUUCGGACUUUAUGACGACCCACGGGCCCUGCAUCACAGGUAGAAUGCAGCUCAUGGCAAAAGCUCUCAAAACGUUCAAUGUCUUUUCCCAC